AUGAGACCAGCGAUUGAUGGGGAUAAGAUGGCUGAUAAGGGACAUUUCUAUUCCUAUAAGGAGAUACGACUAAACCUCGAUUCAUCCAUUCAAAAUUCUACAAUUGGGAUUCGUUUACCUGCACAUGGCACUCCAGCCUCAAGAAUAGUACAAAAGCGACCUCAUAUUACAGAAUCACCUAUUGCAGAGGAUGAAAAAACUUUCAAACAAAAAUACUUAGCUGCUGCUGGAUCCAUUUACCAUCGCACACAAGAUGUCUUUCCCCGAAGCUAUUUAUGGAGAGUGUUGGAGGAUGGAAAGGUGCUGUCGGUUCAAGCGGUCGAUGUAUCGAAACAGCAAAAUACGACGGAUGCACACCUUACUUUGAGAUUACAAUUUCCAAGUGCUAUUAAACCCGGGUGCAUUGCUUUCGCGGAUUGCAAGGAACACGACUAUGUCAGCGCAUUUGUUUUGACGGAAACACACCACCUUUAUACUCUGAGACUUUGGCCAGAUUUCUUUCGCAAUCCUUCGAGCACUGAAAACAAUGUUGGAAAUUGGUGCAAAUCGUAUAUAUCAUCGGUAUUCAGCUUUAAGAAACCUCAUAGGAUGGUUGCGCUUAGUGCGAAUGAGUUAUUAAUCUCUAAUUUCGAUGGGGGGCUUCUAAAGUUAGACAGAAAAUCUGGCGGAGAUGGUUCCGAGUGGAAAGAACUACACUAUAAUCCAGGUGGGUGGAGAGAUGGGUUGAAGGCCUUGAUGCCUUUCCAAGGAAGCAACACUAUUCGAUACGCAAACAGCAACAUUGAAUUAUCCGCAGUUACUUCUAUAUCUUCACCAUCAGCUAGCAUCGAUGGGCAAUCAUAUGCUUUCACUGUAUCUCUGGAUCACAAUCUCCGAAUUUGGAACUUGACUACCGGACGAAUCGCAUAUGUUGGUGAUAUUCUCGGCCAGGAAAUAGAUCCCAAGAACCCUAGAAAAUCCGUGAUCGAUCCUUCAUAUUCACAAUUGGUCAAAGUCUAUGGCCACAAUAACGAAAGCGCUCUAUGUGUUACAUACUCCCCAAUUGGUGAAGGACAAUUCAAAUUUUGGCAUGUUGCUCCCGCCGCUCAAAGUGGAGAUCUCGUCGUAUCAGAUUCUUUCCCUGAUAAUAUCUUGGUCCCUCAAGCGCCUACUUUAGACCUUUGGACUAUGGCAGAUUUUUUAGUCAUUCUGGAUAGACCAAGAAACUCGUUGAGUUUGUGGACUUUGUGGAAAAAUAAUACAACCUAUCGAGUUCAAAAGCUUUACUUUGGAAGUGGUGGUGAAGAGGACGUUGCGCAAUCGUGGGAUGAGGGCUGGGAAGCUAUGGUGAGCGAAAGUUUGACUCAAACGCCCAUACCUACCGUCUACCCUGGCGAUGCUUUAGAUUCAACCGACAAAUGGUUAGCGUACAUACUAUAUCCUGGGAAAUUCACCCAUGCAACCAUCGAGACUGGAUUGGCCAUCUACGAAAGAGGUCUAGGAGCAUCGAGAGAUACAUCGCGGAGAUCCGCACCUUUACCUGAACGUUUAUGUUCAAGCAUUGCAACUACUGCUACGUUAGGUAAAGCAUCAGACGGAGGUAUUGAUUUUGAACAAUUUCGCCUUGCCACUGAUGCACAAUGGAGGCGAUUCUAUCGACUGCUUGUUGAGCUAGACAAACAAAGAGGUGAAGCCUUAUCUUUAACUAUUGACCCUAUGGGAGAGAUGCCUUGGGUUGUAUCAGCAGAUGGAAUAUCAGCAGUUCGAGGCUGUAGCGAGUUAGAACGGGUAUGGCAUAACCCUGAACAAACUAUUGCUGGGAUGGAGUAUGUAUCCACUCUUCUCACAGCUGGUUCUUUAUUCGGCGAAGCAGUUCCAGACGUUCUUUAUCAUGGCUUCCGCUCCGCCUUGUUGGGUCAACUUUACGAGGAGCCAACGCUUCUACCAUCAGCGAGGAUGAAGACUUUAUAUGAUAAAUGUGAUUACUCGAAUCAAAUUGGUGAUGAGGAGUAUCAUCAACUAGUGACAAAUUUGGGAGGUACAUUCAGGGAUGUCAAUUCGCACGUGUACGAAGCUCUUCUCGAAUCCAUGAUCACUUCUAUUGGAAAGGACUCGAAGCAUCCUUUACCUUUAGCCAACGCCGGUAAUCGAUUGAUUGUUAGAGGAGUUCAAGAGACUAUCGAGUUACACAAGAGCAUCUGUCUUGAUCAACUUCUCUUGUUAGUACUUAUUGAGGUUGAAAUUAACCAUGGAGAAGAAGGUAUCCAAUUUGAGACCGGUGCGGUCUUCAAUCAACUUUUAAUUCUGCUCAAAAGGCUCGAACUGGUUUCAUGGUUGGCUAAGACCCAGAUCGAUAUACCUCUCCCGACUCGCGAAAGCUCAAAAUCAUUGGAUGAUUCGACAUCCAGUUUGUCUAGGAAUCCAAUAUCUUAUGAGACUGUCACUGUUCUGGAAGGUGUUCAUAGACAUCUAUUCGGAUUAGAUAAAGCAGUAUCGAUGCCUACAGCCUUGACAGACUUUAUCACUGAACUAUGCAAACCUGAUAGCAAAUACGAAUCCUCACCUGCUAUCAUUCAAUGUUUCUUAUUGAAGCAUAACCAGUCUGAUUUAGCAAUGGAGUUUUCACGCUUCACUGAGCAUGAUUCGUUCUCUACAUAUAUUCAAGGAAGAGCAUACCUGGCUGCCAAUGACCCACGCACAGCAGCAUUGCACUUUAAGAAGGCUGCAUUUGGGAUGGCAUUUCCAUUGUACGGUAGGCACGCAACACACAGUGCAGGCCUCCUAGACGAAACAGAAAAGAAUCUUCUGAAUGCAGGUCUUCCAGAAUAUUAUUCCCACAUUGUUUCUCUAUACGACAACAAAAAAAUGUACUCCUUCGUUAUCGAUUUCUCCCGCCUAGCCCUCCAAUUUAUCAAACCCAACCAACAUGAUCCCCAACUCAGUACCGAAAUGCACAGUCGUCUCUUCCACGCUGCUCUCCAAACCUCUCGCUACGAACUCGCUUACUCAGCCCUCUCCCUCUUCACCAAUACUGCUCUACAAACAUCCUCUCUCAGAUUACUCAUUACCAAAAUGUGUGAAUCUUCCCACGCUACUCAACUCAUUUCCUUCCCUUUCCUUGGUCUUCAAGAUCUUGUCGAUGAAAUCCUUUCCCAAAAAUGCGCAAACAUCGUCGAAGUUACAAAUGGUGUUCCAUACCAUAAAAUACUUUACGCGUGGCGAAUUCAAAGAUCCGAUUUCCGUGGUGCGGCAGCUAUCUCGUUGGAGAGACUAUAUCGUCUUCAAGCUUCGUCAGAAAGUGAUAGUAAAAUAGGAAGUGGAGAGACAGGAGAGGAAGGAGAGACAUUGGUUACGAAACAAUAUGUCGCGGUUAUUAAUGCGUUGAGUUGUGUGGAUCCAAAACAUGCGUGGAUUUUGUGUGAAGGCGGGAAAGGAAAAGAAGGGGGGAAUGGGGGAAGAGGUACUGGUAGAGGUCUUUUGAAGGGGGGCAAAGAGGAUGCGAAUGGGGGUGUUAAGAGAAGAGUGGUUACAUUAGCCGAUGUUAGGAGAGGGUAUCAGGAGGAGUUGGAUCGUGUGGCUGCGAUUGAAAACGGGCGGUUUAGUCUAGGUGGUGGUGGAGGUGAUGGAGAUAUGAUGGAGAUGUGA